UGUAGUGGGAGUGUGGUGGUGUGAUUCGAAUGGGCGUCAUGAUAAACAAUAGUUUUUUACGGACAGUGAUAACAUUAUCGCUAAAUAGCUUUUAUUCAUAACGAGCUUUUUGCUGUAAAGUCUAUUCGAGCCAGUUUUUCCGUUGACGCCACACGAAAGCAACGAGCAUUUUCCACGCCGGCGCCUACCAAGAAUACAAACCAUUACCAUUCGUUUCGAUGAAGUAGGCUUGAAACUGUCAGUCAAGUAGACGUCAGAAAAUAAAAUUUAUUUGAAAAAAUGCCUACAAAUACCACGGAAAAAAUGUUAAACGGUCACAAAAAAGACGUCCGAGUGUGGUGCGAUGGCUGUUACGACAUGGUUCAUUUUGGCCAUGCCAAUUCCUUAAGGCAGGCAAAAGCUCUUGGUGAUUAUUUGAUUGUCGGUGUCCACACAGAUGAGGAAAUAACAAAACACAAAGGGCCCCCCGUUUUCACAGAACAGGAGAGAUAUAAAAUGGUGAGAGGAAUAAAAUGGGUAGAUGAAGUUGUAGAAGGUGCACCCUACGUAACAACUUUAGAAACCUUGGACAAAUAUAAUUGCGACUUUUGUGUUCAUGGAGACGAUAUUACAAUGACGGCGGAAGGUGUGGAUACAUACCACCAAGUUAAAGAAGCCGGAAAAUACAGGGAAGUCCAAAGGACGGCCGGCGUCUCGACGACCGACUUAGUAGGACGGAUGCUCCUGUUGACACGCAACCAUUUCCGCCAAGGUCAGUAUGAGUACGAUGUUGAAAGAGAGCACUCAUCAACGAUGGGUCAAGAUUCAUUGGCUAGGUCCCCGUGGACCGGUUGCUCGCAGUUUUUGCCGACCACUCAAAAAAUUAUACAGUUUUCUGAUGGUAAAAGCCCCAAGCAGGGCGACAGGAUCGUCUACGUUGCAGGCGCUUUCGAUUUGUUCCACGUCGGCCAUCUUGACUUCCUCGAAAAGGCUAAACAACAGGGUGAUUAUUUGAUAGUGGGGCUCCAUACCGAUCCGGUAGUGAAUCGUUAUAAGGGUUCGAAUUACCCGAUUAUGAACUUGCACGAGCGCGUUCUCAGCGUGCUCGCCUGCAAGUACGUCUCCGAGGUUGUUAUCGGGGCCCCUUACAAAGUUACAAAAGACCUCAUGGACCAUUUCAAAGUUGACCUUGUGGUCCAUGGUCUGACGCCCGUAAUGGCCGACGUGGACGAGGCGGAUCCGUUCGGGUAUCCGAAGGCGAUCAACAAAUUUCUCAGUUUGGACUCAGGGAACGAUAUGACGACCGAAAGGAUCGUCGAACGGAUCAUACGGAACAGGUUGGAGUAUCAGGAACGCAAUCGGCAAAAGGAAAAAAAAGAGACAGAUCUGCUAAAUAGCCUGAGGCUCAAGGGUUUACAGGUUUAAGAAUUAUAUAUGCCUCACGGGGGGUGGGACGGGAAACGGGGGCGAAAGUUUAAUUUUUCUAGCCAAAGAAUGGGGUACCGCUUUGUAUAUAUUUAUAUAUGUAAUCCGCCAUAUUUAUCUCAAUUGUGAUAUGUAUUUUUUAGUGCACUUUCCUCCCCAAAACCGCCUGGUUCUGAUAUGAGCGAGGUUGAUUUUUGUUAGUCUUUUCGGACCUCCGAAAUUAUUCGUUGUCGAUGAGCACAUUUUUACAGUCGAUUUUUUACGUUUUAUUUUUUAGCUUUAGACCAAGUCGAUUUUAUUUGUACACUAGCCCGCCAUUUUCUCGGACUUCGAGAUGUAUAUUUAUUUGUAUUAAUUGUUAUUUGUGGAUAUUUUAAUAUAUACUUGUUUCAUUCAAAAAUCUGGGGCGAAUACGAAUUUUAUUUACGCUUAGAAAAUUGGUUAUACAGGGUGCGGCAAAAAGGUAAGCAAGAUUUCAAAUAGUGGCUGUUGGUUUGUAAAACCGGCAACACUGUGUACGCACUCGCGUUAGGCAGAUAAAAGUAUGCAAUAUUCAGUUAUCGACAUGGGUUGGAGCGGAGUGGAUCGUGCUUUCGUUGUCGAGGAGUUUAUUAGAAAUGGGAAACCUGUAAUAGCGACGCAGCGCGCCUUUCGUAAUCAGUUUGAUGUUGUUUUACACUUCAGGGAAACAGGUUCUGCGCUUAACCGAAAAAUCUACUGGCCGACCAAGGACAGUAAGAACACUGGAAAAUGUGAACGUACAAUAGUCUCCAAGACGUUCAGCUCGUAAGCAUGCAGCUGCUUUGGGAAUUCCCGAUAUAAGUAUUCGAAGAAUUUUACACAACUCACUCCAAAUGCAUCCGUACAAAAUGAUGGUAGUGCAGGAAUUAAGCGCAAGAGAUUUUGAUACCCGUAUAAAUUUAUGCUGAGAUGUUUUUGAAAACAUUCCCAGAGGCGCUGUAUUUAUGUCUAGUGAAACAAAAUUUCCGUUAUUGGUCAGCAAAUAGUCCACAGGAACUUCAUGAGCGACCUCUUCACAGUUCAAAAGUCACCGUCUGGUGUGCAAGGUCGGAGUUCGGCGUGUGGGGUCCUUACUUUUUCGAAGAAGAUGGAAUAACGGUAACAGUCAACGAAGAUCGAUAUUUUGAUAUGCUUAACAAUUGAGAUGAACGAGUUGAACAACUCGCUUCCGCGAGAACCUACAAGGGUUCAUCGACAAUAACGGCCGUCAUUUAAAAGACAUCAUUUUUAAAAAAUAACGUUCCUAAAUGGCAUUAAAAAAAGUUUGCUUUAUGUAGUUUGGUUUUAAUUAACAUCCCAAAGAGUAUCUAUCAUUUUGCCGCAGCCUGUAUUUUUACAUAUUAUAUUUAAAAAAAAAAUCUAUGAGCAGAAAGACCUACCGAUAGUGUCUUCCUGGUAUUCAUUCAAAAGAAUUAUAUAAAGGAUCGUGAUCUUUGAUACAUUAGUUAAGAUUUUUUUCACUGUCGUCUGGAAAAAUUAAGUGUUCACACUUUGGCAUUCAAAAAUGAAAUAGGGUGUUGUCCUUGAAAAAAAACUUGCACUCAGUAUUUUAAAAAAUUAAAGUGAAAAUUUUGAAGCGAGUUUAGUCAAAUUAAUAUCCUAUUUUACAAUUAAAAAAUUAGAUUACAAUCCAUCCAUGAAAAUCUACUUAACAUCAAGCCUAUCAAAAAUU